CGGCCCCGCCCACCCCCGGGGCCGGGCCGCCCACACCGAGCCGCGGCGCGCGCGGCGGCUGUCCCGCCUGCCACAAUGCGCGGCGAGGCUGCGGCCGCGACUUGCCGCGGUCGUCCCUAACGUCGCCACUCGGCAUCCUUAGGGCAGGCCUCCCCUGACGCCCCGCGGGGACCCAACUCGCCCGCGCCCCCCAUGCGCUCACUCUUCGGUGCCCAGCCAGGCGGGCGCCUCGCAGACGCGGAGCCGCGCGGGUGACGGCAGAGGCGGCUGCGCGCCCAGCCCAGCCCGCGGAGAGGGCGCGCCGCGCCCCCGCCCCCCGCCAGCUCUCCGGAGGCCGUGGGUGCGGAUGCGCCGCUGACGACUCGCAGCGACCAGCAGUGCCGCCCGCCCGCCGGCCGGAGCCCGCAGCAUGGCAGCCGCCGCCUAUGUGGACCACUUCGCCGCCGAGUGCCUCGUGUCCAUGUCGAGCCGCGCGGUUGUGCACGGGCCGCGGGAGGGGCCGCAGCCCGGACCCGAGGGCGCGGCCGCUGUCGCCGCCACGCUGCCCCGCGUCGAAGAGCGCCGCGACGGCAAGGACAGCGCCUCGCUCUUCGUAGUGGCGCGGAUCCUGGCGGACCUUAACCAACAAGCGCCAGCGCCCGCCCCCGCGGAGCGCAGAGAGGGCGCCGCGGCCCGGAAGGCGAGGACCCCCUGCCGCCUGCCGCCCGCGCCACCACCCGCCUCCGAGCCCACCUCCCCCGGCGCCGGUGGCGCGGCGGCCGCGCCCCUCAGCCCGGCGUGGAGCGAGCCCGAGCCCGAGCCCGAGGCGGGGCUGGAGCCGGAGCGAGAGCCGGGGCCCGCGGGGAGCGGCGAGCCCGGCCUCAGACAAAGGGGCCGGCGGGGUCGAAGUCGCGCCGACCUCGAGUCCCCGCAGAGAAAGCACAAGUGCCACUACGCGGGCUGCGAGAAAGUUUACGGGAAAUCCUCGCACCUCAAGGCGCACCUGAGAACUCACACAGGGGAGCGCCCCUUCGCCUGCAGCUGGCAGGACUGCAACAAGAAGUUCGCGCGCUCUGACGAGCUGGCGCGGCACUACCGCACGCACACGGGCGAGAAGAAGUUCAGCUGCCCCAUCUGCGACAAGCGCUUCAUGCGCAGCGACCACCUGACCAAGCACGCGCGCCGCCACGCCAACUUCCACCCAGGGAUGCUGCAGCGGCGCGGCGGGGGCUCGCGGACCGGCUCACUCAGCGACUACAGCCGCUCGGACGCCAGCAGCCCCACCAUCAGCCCGGCCAGCUCGCCCUGAGCGCCGGCGGCGCGGCGGGGUGGGGCGGGGCCUGCGGCAAGCCACGCCCUUCCUUGCCACGCCCACCCUAGGCCCCGCCCAGCCCCGCGGCCUCUCCUCCUUACCAUAGCCAUGAGCAGAUGCUCUCACUUCCUCCCGUGAUUCCGUGUCGUUUCCUUUUGUAAUCAGAAGAGAGAGAACUUUAUGAAUGACAACAAAAAAAACGAUUUUCUUCACCUCAGGUGUCAAAUUUGUAAAAAAACAACGAAAAAAUUCCAAAAAACACCAUCCACGAUUGCACAAGAGACAUACCCACGAAGGUGAUUCAGCGGUGUUGAACCCCCCUUUCUCAGGGAUGGACAUGUUCCACGAGGUCAGUGAGGACACCCCCUUCCUGCCGCCUUACUCUGUACAUAGAUUUGCACUCUGGAAUUUCCUUUUACGUUUGGGCACACACUGGGGGCAAGGCAGUGCAGGUGAAGCUCAGCGCAGGCGGCGGAUAGGCCGGUCGGUUAGUUUGGAGCCGUGGUCACCGACCUUGUGCUUUCAGGGCAGACCCCCUAAGCAGCGCCCGCGGCUCCCUCUUCCUGCCCCCUGCCCAGCUUCAGCCUCGCCCCAGCUGGCAGUGGGCUCAGAAUGCAGACGGCUCAGAGGGACGCCUUAAGCCGUGAUGGGUAAGGGGAGGACUCCCCAGGGAGACUGUAGGGGUCCUCGCCUCCGGGACCCUGCCCAGGUCCCCCUCGGAGCGCCGGAAGCAGAGAUGCAAACCCGUGUUGGGCAGCCGGCCGCACCAUCUGAUGUCCACAUGGCCAGGGCCCCCGCCCGCUGCUGUGUCCCCACAGAAGGCCCCAGGACCUUCCACUAUUACACCACGUUCUCUGACUGGCCUCCUACAAGGGUGUCCGAAGGUGUCAUUGGUGCGUCCAGUUCCCACAUUCUCCCCGACCGGCCCUGCUCUUGGGAUGCCUUUGUUUGACACGAUGGGUAAAGCGGGGCCACCCGGCCAGACGCUCUGUGUGUGUGGCUUGCUGUGGCCGCGCUCGGCUCUUCACAGAGACUGUUCCGUAGCAAGAGACCGGAACAUUGUGACUUGGAACGUUGGGGGGUGGCGAGGCGGAUGUCAUGGGAAAUGCAGUCGGAGAACGUGCAUUCUCUUUCCUCCCUGGGGAACACCGGACGGAAGUUGUGGGAAACGCUUUUUUCAGACCCACCGUGUCCCCAGCUCAGAAUUAGCGAACCCUCAGCUUCUCCAUGAGCCCUGUGUCCCCUGGACUCCUCCCUUCCCCUCCUACCUGGGAGGCCCCGGCCUGUGGGGCAGUAGGGUGCAGGGCCCCACCGCCAGCCUUUCCGUGCUGACGGGGGCGGGCAGAGAGCCGGGGACGUCUCUCCCGGAGCUCUGACCUGGGCAGGUGGGUCAGGCCGGGCUCCAGCGCACUCCUCAGUGGAGAGCUGAAGCCACCACCUGCCCAGUCACCUCCCUUCCCUUCCUCCAGGGAGUCGGGGCCUGUAAAUACAAGUCCCCAGGACAGUGUGUGUGGGUGUGAGUGUGUGUGUGUGUGUGUGUGUGUGUGUGUGUGUGUGUGUGUGUGUGUGUGUUGGGGCAGGGAGUGUGGGUUUGGGAAGGACUUGGGGUAUCUUGCAGAGACCUCUGUUCAUUUCGAUGAGGAGGGAUGAUCCUUGGGACCUCAGAGGGCCGUAGAGGGGCUUCCCUGAGCCCAGAGUGCCUUGGUUGUGGUCAUUCUGCUUCCACCCCGAGCCGGUCACGGCGAGGGAUGCAGCACAGAGGAACCCCGGAGACCCAGGCCCAGCUGGUGCUCGUAGCCCCUGGGCGGCUCCAGAGCAGAUGGGCACCCUCUGUCCCUAGCAGCCAGGGGCAGGCAGGCUGCUGUCUGCAGCGCUCUGGUUGCCAUCUCUAACUCUGCUGUUUGUCAGCUGGGAUCAGCCAGUGGUGUGGUGGUGGCUUCUGAGUAGCGUGGUAGCUCCUGAGCUGUGCGGGAGCGUUGCUCUUGCUAUGGGUGGGAACCAGGCGGGAAUGGCGUGGGGUGAGGGGGUGGCCCCACCCUGGCUCUCGUUGGGUUGUGUGACAGCCCUGCUCGCAUUUGGUCCAGGAGAGAGAACGGGACGUGCUGGCCACCUGGACGGAGCCGCGCCCUGAGCACCUGGGGUGAGAGCUCUUCACGCCCGGUUCCAAAGUGAGGCCCGGAAGGGCCCUCGGAGGUCCCUCCCAAAGUUGUUUCUGGGUGGGGCAGAGAACGCCACACUCCGAAUACACUUCAUGUCUCAGGAACUCACA